AUGCCACCAAUUCCAAUUUACGCCGAUGCGCCCAUCUCGGCAGCAGCCAAAGCAGAUGGUACAACUCCUCAGACGGCUCCCCCACCAACUCGCACGACCGAUCUGCCAGCGACUACGACUUCUGCGAGCAACAGCAGCUAUCCUGCCGCCCAACCUGGUGCUGCAGCCGGUCCUGCACCUACCGGCAGCGUCUCGAGACCACCUCCUCCACCACCUACUAGCACAAUCUCUACCGGCUUCCAAAACGAUGGCCCACCUCCUCCCCAGCCCGGAGCCGUGCCUAUGCCAUCUUCAACACUUGGUCGCUCCAAUGGCUACGACUCCAACAGUCCAGCUGCACCAAGAGCACAACCAAUGCCACAACAACUCAACAUUCCACCACCCACCACAACAGGCCUAGCCACCCAUAGCACAGCUGCUGCAUCGCCAACAUCACCCACCCGUCGCCCAGUAACUCUGCCAAUGGGUCCCGUGUCUCCAACAAUGCACAGUCGACCCCAAAGCAUCUCGUCACACCCACCGGGCUACCAACAGAACCCCUACGCUGCGGAAAUGACCUCUGCCCAGCGUGCCAGUCUCGAAGCCGCAGAGGCGGCAGAAAGAGGUCGCAAGUCUGGUCGCAACAGCAUCAGCGAGUGGAUUGCUGGCGAGGACGACGGUUUCGGCAGUCCGACCACCAGUACUGCAAAGGCAUGGGAUGCUGUCACUGGAUACGCUUCCAAAGUGGGCCAAUGGGCUGGCAAGGCCAACGAGUUUGCGAGCAAGAAGCUCGGAUAG